CACUUCAUUGCGGUUGCCAAGUUAGUAUCCAUUUGCCUUGAAAUGCCAUAGUCGGAAAAUGCCUGUAAAAGGAAGGUCGUUUGGCCAAGAACGGCCACCAUUAACAGACCUUCUGAAGAAUAUUUUGUUGAGAUACCCUGAUGGUGGACAGAUUUUAAAAGAACUAAUUCAAAAUGCGGACGACGCUGGUGCAAAUGAAGUCAAGUUCUUAUUUGAUGCAACUUCAUAUGGAACCGACUCUCUGGUCUCCCCGGGGUUGGCCUUAUUCCAAGGGCCGGCCCUUUACUGCUACAACAACGGCGAGUUCACAGAUGAAGACUGGGAUGGACUGCAGCGGCUUAUGAGAAGUAACAAAGCAAAUAACCCCUUGAAGGUUGGCCGCUUUGGUAUUGGAUUCAAUUCUGUGUAUCACAUCACAGAUCUUCCAAGUAUUGUGAGUGGAAACACAGUGGCUUUCCUCGAUCCACACGAGAAAUAUUUUGUUCGUGGUGAACCAGGCCAAGCGUUUUCUACACAAGAACCUUUACUGGCUGAACAUUUGAAUCAAUUCGAGCCGUUCCACCACAUCUUCGACUGCAACCUUGACCAAGGGAACUAUUAUCACGGAACACUCUUUCGAUUUCCAUUACGGACUGAACCAUCGGCAUUGUCGAAAAAGAUAUACACGAGGGAAAUGGUCAACACUCUUUUCGAUUCUUUUAAGAACGAAGCCAGUGCGAUUCUUCUAUUUUUGAAAAACGUCGACUCGAUCAGUUUGUACGAGAGGGAAGCACGCGGUGAAAUUGUUCAUCUUUAUACAGCCAAAGUUUCCGAACAGUCAAAGAUUGAGGUCAGAAAGAAAAGACAAGAAUUAAUCCAGGAUAUCACGGUGGAGUGGGAUUUUGCCGUGAAAACAACCUUUUAUCGCUUGGAGAUUGUGAAUGAGAGUCCGGGGGAAAUUACAGAAAAGAAUGAAUGGUUCUUAGCGAAUCAAGUUGGGACUAAUGAAAAUGAGCUGAUAGAGCUGGCCAGAGAUCUAAAGUUGUUACCCUGGAUCGGCAUCGCGUUUCCUCUUGAUGCGAACAACAACAUGUCUUCACUUGGAAGGAUAUUCUGUUUCCUUCCACUCCCUCCUGAUGGCGACUGUCGUACUGGACUGCCGGUGCAAGUGAAUGGUUACUUUGGACUAACAGACAAUAGACGAGCUUUAAAAUGGCCUGGUCCUGAUUGCCAGAAUGAUGACACAGCUCGGUGGAAUGAACUUCUUCUGCGUAAGGUGGGCAGUCAAGUUUACGCCAACCUAAUCUUACAAAUGGCAGGAGGGAGUCCCGGCAAUGUCCCGCCGAAGAUACUUGCCGAGUUGGUAUACAGUGCUCUGCCAAUUCUCAGCGGUGUCAGACGUGACUGGAAAUGUAUCAUAGAACCUUUUCUCAGAACAGUUUUGGCAAGAGAGAUAUUCUUGACUGCUCCUGGAGGAAUUUGUCGUUGGGUCAACCUUGGAACUGCAAUUAUUGAUCGCUUGCACGAAUCCAAAGAUAUGAGAGAGGAAAUUAAGCAAGUUGUUCUAAAGACGUUGUUGGGAGCUGGCCAGCCAAUUGUUUCACUACCAGGACACGUUAUACAAAUUAUCGAUCAAUAUCAUCAGAUGUCAGGUUGGAGAAACGUUCAACAAGUUACCCCUGAACUCUUGUGUAACGUUUUGCGAUUAAAUUUCGAUUUUCACAGCCUUGGCAUGCCGUUCGAAGACAGAUUGCUCGUGUUGGAAUACGCUCUGCAGACAGUUCCUAGCAAAAGCCACAGUCUUCACGGAGUCCCUCUUCUGCCGUUAGAGAAUCGUCAGUUUAUAAAGUUCUCCAAUCCAUCUAAUGAGAAGGUUUUUAUCCCGUCCGAGAAACACAGUGUUGAGCUUUUACCUAAUAUGAAGCAUCGUUUUCUAUUUCGUCACCUUUCUUUGCAACUACAGCAGAAGCUGCAUGCGCUUGGCUUUUCAGGAGCAACACAAUUACACCACCCCACGGCUGCUGAUAUCAAGCCAUUACUCUGGGAAAACCUUCCCAGUGAUUGGUCCUGCAAUUAUCUUCCACAGCUGGAGACCGUAGCGUGGAAUCAAGAGGCGGAACGUCAUCCUUCUUUAGCCUGGCUAGAAUUGGUGUGGAAAUGGAUUAACGAAAACUAUCCAAGCAGGUUGGGUGACUUUAAUGGAAUGCCACUGAUCCCUGUAUCGACAAAAUCCCCUUCCUCCAUGGCUCGACUUCGCCAGAACUCCACUGUCAUUGUCAGCAAACACCCAAUGUGCAAUGAAAAACUUUCUAACGCCGUUCGUGAACUUCUGAAAAGAUCAGGUUGUGUUGUGGUCGAAGAGCUACCCGCCUUUGUAAAGCAUGACCAACUCCUUCACUAUAUUGCUCUGCCAAAUCCUUCUGGUGUUCUUAGCGUUCUUUACGUUUCAAGAGGAAAAUUUGUUCAACAACUGUCGGUUUCAUCACAGGAAGUGAAAUGCGAACUCUGUCACAUCCUGUCAAGGCUAGAUCUCAUUGAUUCGAAUAAGAAAUCGUUUAUUCGUACGUUGCCAAUCUUUGAAGCAGUCAACGGACGGUAUAUGCUAUCCUGUCAAACGGAACAAGGUGAAAAGAGGCUUGUUGCUCCACGGAAUUAUUCAUUACCCGAAGAUAUCCGAAUUGUUGAUCGAACUAAGAUCCUAUCCUCUACAAAAAACGAAAGCCAUCGCCUGCUGGAGAAACUCGGAAUGGUAAUGGAGAGCACCGCAAGCUUGAUCAUGAUUUACUUGAAAAGUUUCUUAAACUCGGGGAUCGCAGAUGUCGAAAAGGACAAGCUCGUGCUUUGGAUUUUGGAAAAAAUUGAGAUCUUGAAUCAGGAAGUGCCUAAUUUUGUUGUGUUCAUCAGUCAAUUGGCUUGUAUUCCGACCGCUAGCGGCAAACGUGUCGCCCCAAAUCAACUGUUUGAUCCUUCUGACAGACUUCUGACGCGGUUACUUCAAGACAACAACGAGGCAUUUCCAACAAGUCAGUUUUCAGCGCCAAUAUUAAAACGAAAACACGAGUUGCAAGUUCGACGCAUAGAGAACCUAACAGCUCAAGAUGUUUUAAUGGUUGUAAACCGAUUGACAGGCAAGAUAACUUCAGGCGUAAAUUCAGACAGAGGUAUGGCUGUUUUGGAGCUUUUGAACCAGCGACCACAGUUACUUCAAGGGUACACUUUGAAUGGAAGGCCGUUGAAUGUUGACCUGCGUGAGUUGCCAUGGUUACCAAGAAUGUGUGAUCGUCCGACCAACUAUCCCGAAUUAAUGCCGUGGUAUGAUGGAGUGAACAUAUGUCAACCAAGAAGCAUGCGUCCUAAUUCGCUGGCAAUCUUAGUUGGUGCGACAGUUCCCGUUUUUGAUCAAAGAUGGAUUUCACAUAACGUUCAAGUAUCACUUUGUAUGUCUGCGGAUCAAAUCCAGCUACAUGAAGUCGCUAAACAGUUACACUUGGCCAUUGUCUCCUGGACAAACCAGAUAACAACAACACCGUUAUCCCUUGCAAAGUUUGAAGAAAUGGUCAAGGCGAUAUACAUUUAUCUUUCCACAGCGCCCCGAAAUUCUGUGCUGCAUUUGUUACAAUCCAAAGGUUUAACUCAGUGGGUUUGGCAUGGAAAUGGCUUUACAUCACCCGAGAAAGUUGCUUUAGAAUCACCUUUUCCGAGCAGCAUUAAUCUUCAUCCAUAUUUGUUCCGUCUUCCAAACGACCUGUUUAAAGUGAAGAACUUUCUGGUUUCCCUCGGAGUAAAGCCGCAGUUUUUAGUUGAUGAUCUGCUGGUUAUGCUGUCAAUCAUAAAGGAAAAGCAUGAUAAUGAAGACGGGCCACGUGAAGAUGCGAUGCAAGACUUAGGUCAAUGUCGUGCAGUGUUGGAGUGGAUUGUUAGAAGCUGUGGUCAACUAUCUGAUGAACGCCGCUCAAAUCUUCUUAUUCCUGUCCAUACAGCCUCUGGAAAGCUGCAACUCGAGCCGUGUAACAAGUGCACUUACUGUGAUCGUGAAUUCCUAAGACGAGGUGCCUCUGUAUUUGAAGUCUCCACGAAUUCCCAUUUAAUUCAUAAAGCAAUUCCUGAUGAUUUGGCUGGUCGUCUUCGCGUACCACGUCUCUCGAACUGCCUCGCAGGAGCCAAAGCACUUGGUAUCAAAUUCAAAGAAGCUGGUCAGUACGAGCCGCUGACCACGAGAUUACGUAACAUUCUUCAGCAGUACAAAGAAGGUGUAGCAAUUUUCAAAGAAAUCAUUCAAAACGCAGAUGACGCACGUGCUUCUAAAGUGUGCUUCGUCAUUGACUGGAGGGAGAAUCCGCGAGAACGCUUGCUUACUGAAGAACUAGCUAAGUGCCAGGGCCCUGCACUUUGGGCGUACAACGACGCCAUGUUCUCUGAGGCAGAUUUCGAAAAUAUCAACAAGCUGGCUGGCGAGACGAAGAAGGAAGAUUUGGAAAAGGUUGGACGUUUUGGUCUUGGCUUCAACUCCGUCUACCAUCUUACUGACGUUCCGAGCUUUCUAAGUGGCGAACACGUUGUUGUUUUUGAUCCGAAUAUGACUCACAUCUCUAAAUUGAUCGACGGAAAGAUGAGAGGAGGCGGGUUUAUGUUAAGCUUGGUGGAGAGCAAGCUGGCCUUGUCUGCAUUUCCUGAUCAAUUCAUGCCUUACCAUCAAAUGUUUGGCUGCGACAUGAGCGGAACGGGACCUUUUCACUUUGAUGGGACAUUGUUUCGACUUCCUUUCCGUACAACUGAACAAGCGCGGGAAAGUGAAAUAUCAAAAGACCCUUACACGCGAGAGAACGUCAACAAUCUUAUCAAGUCGUUGAAAGAAAGUGCGUCUACUCUGUUGCUUUUUACCCAGAAUGUUAAGGAGGUUCGGGUGUUUGAAAUUCCGAAGAAUUCUAACCCAAAGAAAUGCUUAGGACGACCCUUGAUUACUGUAACAAAAACCGUCAUGAACAUCUUGGAUACUAAUGAAGCUGAUAAUCACGGUAAAGGAACGAUCUUGGAGAAUUCAUCGACUUGGUUGAGAAAUAACCGCAGUUCAGGGAUUUUUGUUGCAACGGAAGGACCGCGCCGUACUGAACAGUUAAAAAUGAACGUAUCUAUGGUAAAAUCAGGACUUAGCGAAUCAUCAGAAGUUGUUCAAUCCGAGGAUACCUGGCUUGUUAAUUCCUGUACUGGUGUGAGAUCUUCUCUUCAGGUUGCGCGGAGUGAUAAAGGAAGAGAGAACGCCGUUGUGCCCGUAACUGGAAUAGCUGCCAAGAUGACGCACUCAAACAUACAUGGAGUGAGAAUAUCCGCCGUUGCAGGUGAAGUGUUUUGCUUCAUGCCACUUUCUAUCGAGUCUGGGUUCCCUGUGCACGUGAACGGCUCUUUUUCGGUCUACUCGAAUCGUCGUCGUCUGUGGGAAGAAGGCGUGGGGGAACAUCGAGCGUUGAAACCAUUUGAAGCGAAGUGGAACGAAGCAUUGAUGGAAGAUUCCUUAGCUCAAGCAUACCUGCAGCUGCUUCGAAAAAUUACGACCUGGAAUGCUAAGCAGUACGAGUUUCAUAGCCUUUGGCCCAACCCCACAAAGGUAAACUAUCCCAAAGCGUGGAAGCCUUUUAUCUCUUCAUUUUUUAACAAGAUCAUCGAUGAAGAAUGGCCGCUGUUCUAUUGCAACGGAAAAUGGAGACGGCUUCAUGACUGCCUUAUCCUUGAUCCAAAGCUUGGCAAAGUUGCGGAAUGCGUCGCCAUUAUGAACCUGCUCGAUGAAAAUGUCCUGUCGCUUCCUAAACACUACACGGAUGCCUUCGUCUCUAGUGGUAAAGAAGCCUUCAUCAAAGUUCACAUGCUGACCGAAGACAGAUUCUUAAGAGAGUUUUUCUUUCCCAACAUAUCACAGAUACCAAAUCAAAAUCGAAACUCAGUUCUUGUCCACAUCCUCGAUCGUCGACUGAGCAAACAUCGAAAUUAUGACGACCUUUUACGUAACUACCCGAGUUUCAGCUGCUCUAAGGAUGGAACGUUGCUGCGCAAACCCAAUGAACUGGUCCAUCCGAAGGGAAAGGCGGCUAGUUUGUUUUCCGAAGAAGAGAAGAGAUUCCCUUUAGACGAUCGCUUCUUGACAAAGGAACGAGCAAUGAUGUUGGAAGAGUUAGGAAUGGCAGUUGAUUCCCUUCCGUGGUGUACUUUGUGCGAGCGAGCUGAGUGGAUUUCCAAUCAUUGCGAUGUUGUAAGAGGAAAAAUGCUUAUUCAAUACCUGAAUCAAAUGCCUCCGAAAGAGGAAAUAACAAGUGAAGAAAAGAAACGCUUGCGUGCAACUCAAUUCCUUCCAGUUCUGUCCAAACCCAAAGACUACCCAUUUUCCUGGAAGUCCGAGAAUAUCCGUGGGAUGCAGUUAGCUGCCGCAGACUAUCUCUACUCUGAACGCCAUAAAAACCUUGUUGGUUCCACCCAACUUAUCUUGGAUGAGUCAUCUGAUCACUCAUGCGUGCCUAACAGAAACCUCAAAGUCAUCCUUGGGUUUAUCUCAAAGCAACCAGAGUUACCCGAUGUUAUUGCGCAACUCGACCAAGUCAUCCAACUCCCCCAACUGCUCACAAGAGAAAAGAAGGAAACGAUGUGCUCCACAAUUUAUGAGUAUUUGCAGAGGGUUGUAACUUCUGAACAGUUCACGUCACAACAGUCGUAUCUUCGCGAGCAAUUGGAUUUGCGACCAUGGAUGCUCGUUAGAAAUCAAAUGGUCCAUCCAAAAUUCGUUGCAAAAAAUUGGAACAAAGAAGAUACAUCGCCAUAUUUGUUUCCUCUUCCUCCAGGAUACAGCACGAAGUUCAAACGACUCAUCCACUGGUGUGGAAUAAAAGAAAACUUCUCCAUUGUGGAUUUGAUUGAAGCAAUUCGUAGAAUACGAGAAGACACUGGCCGCCGAAAGCUGAUAGAAAAACAAAUUAGCACCAUUAUUGUUCUCCUUGAAGAAGUGUUCAAGCUAUCCAAUACAAGGUUAGAAAUUCCUUUGCCUCUCCCAAGUUCGGACUGUCUGUUGUAUGACGGAAAUGAGCUCGUGAUUAACUAUACGCCAUGGCUAGAGACGGAUGGUUCCAAUAAACUUGUUCAUGAGAAGAUUCCUCCAAUGCUGGCUCACAAAUGUGGUGCAAAGCAACUCAGAAAAGCAGAUUUACUGCGUUGCUCUCAGCCUAUCGGUAAACCCUUUGGACAGCAUGAAGAAUUGACUGAUCGUUUGAAGAAUAUUCUUGCAGCUUAUCCACCCGACGAAGGAAUAUUGAAGGAACUUCUGCAAAACGCAGACGAUGCUAAAGCCAGCGAAGUUCAUUUUAUAUUUGACCCUCGAAAGCACGGUACUAAACACGUCUUCUCUGAUUCUUGGAACGAGCUUCAAGGCCCAGCCAUCUGCGUCUAUAACGAUAAACCAUUCUCCAAAGAAGAUAUUGAAGGUAUCCAGAAGCUUGGUAUUGGAAGCAAGGUGGACGAUCCCAUGAAAACAGGACAGUAUGGCAUUGGAUUUAAUGCAGUUUACCAUCUUACUGACUGUCCAUCCUUCAUUUCCAAUGAUGAGGUCAUUUGUGUUUCUGACCCACACGCUGUGUUUGCCCCAGGCGCAGACGAAAGGAAUCCUGGACGGUUGUUUAACGAGCUUGAUGGGAUGUUUCGACGUAACUACCAGGAUGUUUUCGCCGGUUUUUUAGGUGAUUUAUUUCCACUUAAAGGAAGCACAAUGUUCCGUUUUCCACUUCGUUCAAAUUCCACACGCGCAUCUAAGAUUUCAUCUACUCGUUGGUAUGAGAGGAAAGUGAAAGAACUGUUUGAUUUAUUCCGCGCGUCUGCAAAGGACAUGUUGCUGUUUCUCAAUAACAUCAUCAAGAUCUCUGUUUCCGUGAUAAACGAUGGUAAACUUGAGACGUAUUCAGUGAAAUGUGAUGUAUCUGACAUGGGUAAACGAAUAGAAUUUUAUGAAAAGAUCAGAGCUUGCAGUAAAGUGCCGACUCGACAAAUCGAAUGGCAACAGAUCCAUUACGUUAUAAAGGUAUCAGAUACGAAUAACGUGAAGAAAGAUUGGCUGAUAACACAGAGCUUGGGAAGUGUUAACAAAGAAGGUGAUGGGGAUGUUCCAGAUGGUACCAGAAUGGGAUUGUUACCACGUGCUGGAAUUGCUAUUCGGUUACCUUCAAAUAAAUCUCCAUUCCGACAUUCGAUAUUCUGCGUUCUUCCUCUUCCAGUUUCCACGAGGUUUCCUGUCCACAUCAAUGGCCACUUUGCUCUGGAUUCGGCUCGCCGCGGCCUGUGGUAUGAUCCCAAAUCCUCUGACGAACGAGAUGUUUGGAAUAAUUUCAUGAAGCGCCAAGUAAUAGCUCCAGCCUAUGCCAAGGCAAUUCAUUACGCCAAAGAACACAUUCCUGGAUAUCAAGCCGAAUCUGUCACUUCCGGCAUGUUUUCCUCCAAGAAGGACACCGAGGAUGGCCUCAAAUGGUAUCAUCAGUUGUUUCCUUCCAUUGAAGAUCUUGAUACCGCUUGGAAACCUGUUGGAGAAGCGCUUUACAGAAAUUUCCUGCCGAUACUUCCUGUUUUACCUGUGGCCAUGUCAGUCCCUGAGAGCAAAAAGCCAGUUGACCCUUUAAAUGGUUUGUUCUCGUAUUUUUCUGUUACAAACGCAGACACUGACAAGUUUCCUGUUAACGUGACGUGGUUUAAAGUCACCGAUGCCUACUUUUGCACAUCCUCUGUCUCAUGGUAUCUCGAAAAUUCGUUAUUAAGUAUAGGAUUCCUCCUGCUUUCACACGCUCCGCGGCAUAUUCACGAAAGUUUCAAAGCUGUUAAAUGCUACCAAGACGUUAGUCCAGAUAAGGUAUUCACAUUUCUCAAGAACCACGCGGAUAUUAAAGCGAGUCUACCGAGAAGCGUCGAAGACACGAUUCUCAAAGAUGCAAACAAUGUUAUUCAACUUACUAGAUAUUGCUCCAAAGCCGAGGAAUUUUACAAUCAUCUCGAGGGCUUUCCUUUGCUUCUCACACAAGAUGACGGGCUUCGUUGCUUCGACCUUCAUAACAAAGUUUUCUGCACCAAAUUCAGUCAACUAUUGCCCUCAAGACCUGAUCUCUUCAUGCACAAUUCCCUUCGAGGAAUGUAUGAAAGCGAGAUUAAGAAGUGCUCUAACGUUUUGUCAGAAUUUUGCCUUUCGGAUCUUGCCCAAUUUCAAGCAAAUCUUUUUCCACCAUUCUGGAUUAACUCUACUUCCCAUCAACCGUGGAAUCCGAACGAGAAAGAAGAUUUAUUCCCAUCAAAAGAGUGGCUUAUAUUGCUCUGGCAAUUCAUUGAUGAUAUAUCCAGUAACAUGAAAAAUAAAAGCGAUAUCUUGAAGGAUAUUGUGAGUUGGCACAUAAUUCCCACUACACAAAACUGCCUCGCCCCAGUUUCCAUGGGUAAAACAGUUCUCAAUGUUAGCACAUACCUCAACAGCGAUUCACAUCAAGAUAAAGACAUACGAGAGCUGGUUAUGAAAAUUGGCUGUCCACAGUUGAACCACACCAUCUUGAUAUCUACGUUUUCAAUUUUCGCAGGUUCUGGCGGAGCUACUGAAGUACGCAAGCACUACCUUGCAAUGAUCCAGUCAACGAAGGACGUCCUGGGGUUGCUGCAUAACAACUUAAAUCACAACAGAAGAGAGGUAGUGACACUUGAGAAUCACGAAAUUGAGCGGCUCAUGAUGUUUCUACAAACUGAUCUUUCCAAUCUCUCGUGCCCAUUUCUACGAAAUCUACCGUUUUACCAAACCAUCGACAGCACAUACACGCGACUUUCUACCUUUAAUACAGUUUAUGAAGUUCCGGCUGGGGUUCCUGGGGAUGACCUUCAAGUUCUUUCCACGGUGACAAACAGCAUCUUCUUACGCCAUUGUCCCAAACUCGCCGACCUUUACAAGUAUAUUGGCAUCGAACCAGCUUCCUCUGUGGAGUUCUACUUACGCAUAGUUCUAAAGCACUUCAAUCGGUUAACACCUGAAGGAAGGGAGAACCAUUUGAAAUAUGUCAGAGAUCACCUUUUAAAUUACCAGCAUGAUGGCUAUAACGCUGUCCUGGCUGUUAUGGAGCAAUUGCCAUUUCUUCCCCAUCCCUCAGGCGCACUGUAUCCAGCAAGUGAGUUUUAUAACCCGGAUAAUAAAAUCUUCAAAACAUUUGUCCAAAAAGAAGAUUUUCCCCCGUCGCCGUUUGAUUCUCAUGAGUGGAAAGACUUUCUUAAAAAAGUUGGCCUCCAGUGCGUCGUUACCAGCGAUCAUUUCUUACGGUAUGCACAACAACUGGAGCAAGAAUCUCGCAAUUCAACUCCGGAUAGAGAUAAGGAAAUCUUGGAAAAGUCAAAAGUUUUGGUCACUCACCUAUUUGACAACAAAAAAUUACAAAAGCCUUCGUUUCUUUCGCAAAUUUCAAAGAUCAAUUUUGUUCCUACAGCUAAGGUAUUGAAGUUGUUUCGUGAGAUCCAUCCUUCGCAUACAGGAUCAAUUCUCACGUGUUUUAAUGGCUCUGUGGUUGAAACACAUGCAACCCUUGUAUGGUCAUGCGCAUCUUUGAUAAGAAACUCGGCACUUCCAUACCAUGGAGGUAAUCUGGUCAGAAUGUUAGGAAUACACACCACUCCUCCACACCAACUAGUGAUCGCACACCUGAAAAACAUCUCUGGUCGUUUCCCUGCAGCGAAGAAGAAAGAAGUUCCCGGGACAUUGCAAACAACUCUUUCUGAAGUUAUGACAAAAAUAUACAGCUAUUUUGAAGGGUCUUGCGGCGUAAAAUCUGGUCCACCUGGUGAAAGUUGUUCACAGAAAUGUCAUGAAACGACAGAUGCACUUCGCAAUGUUUCCGUGGUAUUGGUCGACCGCCACACGUUUGUACGUGGCAACCAGCUUGCAUUCGCGGGUUUUUGGGAGAGCAUGAAGCCAUACAUGUUCAAUGUUCCUCGAAAUCUUCAAAACUGCGAGCACUUUCUAAAAUGCCUUCGAGCUCAGGAACGUCCAACACAACUUCAAUACUCGUCGUUACUCGAAGUGAUCAAGAGAAGCUGUGAAGACAACCAAAUGCAUCCAGGAGAGAUCACUGCAGCGGCUGGUGCGACGAAAUGCUUGUUCAUGCGUUUAAGCAAAGAUGCCAAGCGCCUCCAAACACGUGGGCGUCCUGCCCCAGAUGCAACCCAAUCGCUGGCAAAUGUUCGUAAUCUUUAUCUACCAACCGAAGACAAUUAUCUGAAGAGAUCUUGCGAGGUUUUUGUCAACGACACUAUGGAGAAGAAAGAACGUUUGAAAGAUUAUUGGAAGGAGCUGCUCAUUGAUUUAACCAUGAAGGAUCAAGAACCUCCUGCAAAACUGGUCGAAUUUCUGCCAAGCCAUUUGAAAGUUCAAAAGUUAAGUUCGAAACUUAAUGAAGAAUUGUGUCCAAGCUGCACCGAAAAGAUUUGUAUUCUUGAUCAAGAUUCAAACGAGAAUUUUUGUCCUUUCAUCAAACCAUAUCGCGACGUUAUUUGUUCUCAGGAUUUUAGCGAGGCGCUGGUGCGAUUGUACAAGUUCCAAGAGGAUAAAGUCAAGAUUCCAGAAGAGGUGAGAAAUGACCUAAAAAGCCUCGAAAAUGGAGUCCAAAUCUCAUGCAUGCAAACCAUUGAAAUACGGCUUGUCACAAAGGAAACUGCAGAACCAGUUCCUGACAGCAUGUCGGAGGUUCCCACCUUUUGCGAAAAGAAUUCUGAUGGCUUUCGUAUUCUAAUCAAACAUGGCGGGGAUAGGAAUACCAGUGUAUUACAUGAGAGAAUUAGUUCGUUCAUUGCAAUGAUCACUGGACAACAUGUCAAGGAAGCUAACUGGCGUUUUCUAAUGAUGGUCCUCGAUACCAAAGACCCUAGUGAAAUAUCAAGAACCCUGGAUGAUGCUCGCAUACCACGGAGCAUUAGCAGCCGUUCCAGAGAGCCAAAUCCGGGCGAAGAAAUCCCAGAGCACUUCCAUUACCUUUUGAAAAACGAUAUAAAUUACCAUCUUCGAGAAGGUGAAUUUGUCGGAUAUGAAGUAAGGGAAGAGGACGAAGAAAAUGAAGCGGUGUAUGUGUACGCCAAAAUCAUUGAACAAACAAGCCAAGGCGAUGGCACAUUUGGAUUCAGCAGCAAGUACAAAAUCGAUAUUGGCGAGGACGGGCCAAUUGAAGUUAACAAGUUAAAACUUUACAAGUUUGAUCGUGAAGAAAGAAAAGUCGAAGGAGCAAAAACUUCGACGAGUGACGGGAUGGAUUUAGUGGCUUAUUUAGGCCCAAGAACUGACAAUUCUGCCCAAGAUAACACACGUCGUGAACCCGCCACGCUUGAAGAGGCCAAGAGAGAGGUCGCUGAAGCACUGAAGGAAAUUUGGGAGAGUGUUCCAGAAUCAGAAAGAUCUAGUGCUGUUAAACGCCUGAUUCGACGUUGGCACCCCGACAAAAAUCCUGAUGAUCGCAAGCAAUUCGCUACAGAAGUAACACAAUUCUUGCUCAACGAAGUUGAUCGUUUAAACGCGGGCGGAGUUCCUGGCUAUCAUCCAGAAACCGACAAUUCGAAUCAAACUCCAAGACGACCAAGAGACUCAUCCGGGCCUGGUUGCAACGGUCAUAACUUCUGGAACUUUUACAAUAGAUACACAGGACGAACGAGAGACCAAGAACAACGACAUCGCAGGUGGAGAGACCGCCAAGAGAGGGAUGACGUGGAUGAACCGGCCAAUCAGAACGAAGGUGAAAGAUGGAUGCGACAAUCUCAGAACGAUCUCGAAGCAGCAGCCUACUUAUUACAAGGCGGUUAUUAUUCUCUCACCUGUUUUCAUUCCCAACAAGCCGUCGAAAAAGCUCUGAAGGCUCUCAUGUUUGCGAAAGGUCGUCUUAAAAGGGGCGACUUAGAGGUUCACGAGGUACUCACAUUAGCAUAUCGGGCGUCAGGAAUAGAUCCACGUCUUCGCACCAUUCCGAUUAAGGUGACGCGUAUUCAAGGAUAUUACAUCAAGACCCGCUAUCCCCAUUAUCGAAGAGGUUUCUCUGAAAAUUCAAUUCCAGCUGAGAAUUAUACCUACGACGACGCUAAUGAUGCGAUUUCACAGGCUACAGACGUUCGGCGGCUCAUUCGGGAAGUCCUGAAUUGAGAACUUAUAAUGCAUGAUUCUAGAACAUUCGUCUCAGAAAACUAGGUUAAUACUGGAGAGCUUAUAUUUUGGUUGGAAUCUCGUGGGUUUCUCAAAUUACAAUACUCUUUUCUUUAAAGAAAAAUUACGAAUCAAUUGAAAACAAUUUUAGCGCGAAAAGUCCUUUUUUACUCGACAAAAAAUACUUCAAUAUUCGUCCGUUAUCCUUGCAUUCGCCCUUUCACUGAUAUUCCGAAGUUACGUGAAUGCAAGCAACCAAUAAUACUUGGAAUGAAAGUGGAAUGAUUGAGAACGAGAAUUUCAAAUUUGAGAUUGUGACAAAAGUGCUACAAAAGCAGCAAAACCGGAUGCCAUGGCGGGAAUUUACACCUUUAGAAAAUCGUACGAAGGCUUGUUUUCGACAAUCAACAUGACCACACAACGUUUCUUUCAAAGUUAUUUCAAAGUUGACUCUGCCCGAGUUAUUUCAAAGCAAAAAAAAACUACUGCGGUGAGGCGAGAUUUGAAAUGUAGCAAUUACGCGAAAAGUUCGUUUAAAAGACUCAUCUAUUUUGGGCUGGAUCUAUGACCAUUUAGAGUCAACCAAUGCAAAAAAGCUAGACUAAAGGCCUCGAUUAUUUACUAUAAUACUAUAUAACUUCGCUCGUUCACCUCUUUCAAUCCAAGUUUCAAAUGUCGAUUAUACUUUGAAGUUUAUCAUUUCCGUGUUUUGUUUAGUUACUAUUUUGUAUAGUUGUUGUCUUUACUUGUAAUUUAAGAGAUGGCAUUUAUUGACAUUUAGCCGCUCGUGGAUACACUUAUUUCAUAAUAUAUAUUUGAUGCCUGAUUAUGGACUCGGAACAUUGAAUCUUGAAACACACAUUCGAUAAAACUUUUGUUACGUUUUAUACUCUGAUUAAGUAAUGUAAUUCAACUAAUAAUUCAUAUUUUUUUAAAAUACAUAUAGUCUUGCCUAUUAAGAUACCUGUAACAACAGUGGCAUCUCUUUAUUCAUGUAAUUGUA